CUCGCUGGGCGGGCUGCAACUCUCACACAGCGGAGGUAACCUCCUGUCGACUGGUUGCUGACUCCCAGUUCCUAACGCGGGCAGUUCUGUCACCGGUGUGGAUUUUAAGCUUGUUUCCUGCAUUGGAAUGAACCUGCGUUGAGCUGCUGUAAUGAGAUCCUCUAUACUAGGAUCCUUCGGCGCUCUGCUCUUGUUGCUGCGGGAGCCUGCAUGCAGAGGUGAUGAGGUGACUUCCAGCACAGUGAACCCGUGCUGUUACUUCCCCUGCCAGCACUGGGGAGUGUGUGUGCGUUACGGCGAGGACCGGUACGAGUGUGACUGCACCCGCACAGGUUACUAUGGGAAGAACUGCACCAUCCCAAAGUUCUGGACUCGUGUGCAUGACUUCCUGAAGCCCAGACCGGAUGUGGUGCACUACAUUCUCACCCACUUCCACUGGAUCUGGGACGUCAUCAACCACACUUUCCUCCGGGACGUUUUGAUGCGACUUGUUUUGACAGUGAGGUCCAAUUUAAUUCCCAGCCCUCCAACCUUCAACUCAAAAUAUGGUUACCUCAGCUGGGAGUCUUACUAUAAUCUGAGCUACUACACUCGGAUUCUUCCACCUGUGCCAGAAGACUGCCCUACACCUAUAGGGGUCAAAGGCAAAGAUGGCCUGCCAGACCCUGAGCUGCUCGUGGAGAGCCUAUUGAAGAGAAGAACUUUCAGGCCAGACCCGCAGGGCUCCAACCUCAUGUUUGCUUUCUUUGCACAGCACUUCACCCACCAGUUCUUUAAGACCUACAAUCGUAUGGGACUGGGCUUCACAAAGGCUCUGGCACAUGGGGUCGAUGCAGGACACGUUUAUGGAGAUAACCUGCAACGCCAGCUAAAGCUCCGACUUCUCCACGACGGCAAACUUAAAUAUCAGGUGAUUGAUGGAGAGAUGUACCCUCCCACUGUAGCUGAAGCCCCCGUCAGGAUGAGCUAUCCCCCGGGCGUUGCUCCGGAGGAUCAAAUUGCUAUCGGUCAGGAGGUGUUUGGACUCCUGCCCGGAUUGGGGUUGUACGCUACGUUGUGGCUGAGGGAGCACAACCGAGUGUGCGACGUGCUCAAAGUGGAGCAUCCCACCUGGGAUGAUGAGCAGCUGUUCCAGACCGCACGGCUCAUCAUUAUUGGUGAAACCAUCCGAAUAGUGAUAGAAGAAUACGUGCAGCAUCUCAGUGGCUACCUGCUGCAGCUGAAGUUUGAUCCCAAUUUGCUGUUCAACACCGACUUCCAGUACGGGAACCGCAUCGCCCUGGAGUUCAGCCAGCUCUAUCACUGGCACCCCUUAAUGCCGGACAGUUUUUUUAUAAACGGAGACGAGCUCAACUACCCACAGUUCCUCUUCAACACUUCCGUGCUAACACGCUACGGCGUGGAGAAGCUGGUGGAUGCCUUUUCUCGGCAAGUGGCUGGCCAGAUAGGCGGCGGCUAUAACAUCCACUCUGUGGUGACGCCAGUGGCAGUGGGAGCCAUAAAGGAGUCGCGGCAGCUCCGCAUGCAGCCCUUCAAUGAAUAUAGGAAACGCUUUAACCUCAAGCCCUACACUUCCUUCAGAGAGUUCACUGACAACGAGGAAGUAGCACUCACUCUGGAGGAGUUCUAUGGCGACAUUGACGCUCUUGAAUUUUACCCUGGUAUGCUGCUGGAAAAGACCCGGUCGGGGUCCAUCUUCGGAGAGAGCAUGGUGGAGAUGGGUGCUCCCUUCUCCCUCAAAGGCCUCCUGGGCAACCCCAUUUGUUCCCCCGGGUACUGGAAGCCCAGCACGUUCGGGGGUCAAGUAGGCUUCGAUAUUGUCAACUCCGCCACCUUGCAGAAACUUGUGUGUCUCAACUCGAGGACGUGUCCGUACGUGGCGUUCAGAGUGCCUCAAAGCGAAAAGGGCGACAUCAGGACUGAUGAGCUAUGAGGUGUUUUCAAGCCUCCCUGUCAGGAACUCAAGUAGGUUUAGGCUUAAAAAGGAACAGGGGGGCCAUUGUGUGGUUUUUUGCAUACUUGAGCAAAAUGAGGAGGAAAAAACAGUUUGCGUGCAUGCAUGGUCUCACGGUCCAGUGAUAACCGUAGACCCGGUCUGCUUUUUUUUCCCCCUCAUUUCGCUCAAGGGUGCAAAAACAACGCAAUGCUCCCCUUGUUCUGUAACUACAGCGGAUCAAAGUGAAUUCAUUAAAAUUGGAGGUGGUUCAAA